UGGACCUCUCUCUCCUAAUGAAUGGGUGACAACCAUUAGGUCAAGCCUUUGGUGUUGUCCUUCUAUUAUUAACAUGGUUCCCUUAAAAUUUUAACUUGUUGAACUUAAUGGUCUCAAACUAGUUGGUGAGAUAUUCUGUUAUAUUGUAAGCUCUUUGGCAAUACCACUUGAUUUACAUUAUUGGAGCAAUUUGUGACUGAAUGCUUAUAAAUGGAACCUCUUUAUAGGUGCUUGUCAGUAAUGUACCUCCAGACCAAGAUGAAUCUGUUAGUCAGUCAGUGGAGCAUUUUUUCCUGGUCAAUCAUCCAGAUCACUAUCUUACACAUCAGGUGGUUUACAAUGCAAACAAAUUUGCCAAGUUGGUCAAGAAGAAGAAAAACAUGCAGAAUUGGCUUGACUACUACCAACUAAAAUACUCCAGAAAUAGCUCAAAGAGGCCAAUGGUGAAGACUGGUUUUCUUGGGUGUUGCGGUGAAAAAGUGGAUGCAAUUGAUCAUUACACGUCCAAAAUUGAGAAACUAUCUGAAGAAAUAGAUGACGAGAGGGCAAGGGUUCAGAAAGAUCCUAAAUCUAUCAUGCCAGCAGCCUUUGUUUCCUUCAAAACCCGAUGGGGUGCAGCUGUUUGUGCACAAACACAACAAUCAAGAAACCCAACUUUGUGGUUGACAGAGUGGGCUCCAGAACCUCGUGAUGUAUAUUGGGAAAACCUGGCAAUUCCUUAUGUCCAAAUAACUAUCAGGAGGCUGAUUAUGGGCGUUGCAUUCUUUUUUCUGACCUUCUUUUUCAUGAUCCCAAUUACACUUGUGCAAUCACUUGCAACAAUUGACGGAAUCGAGAAUGCAGCUCCUUUCCUGAAGCCUGUAAUUGAAAAAAGUUUCAUCAAGUCAUUUAUUCAAGGGUUUUUACCUGGGAUUGUGCUGAAGCUCUUUCUCAUCUUUUUACCAACAAUAUUGAUGAUUAUGUCCAAGUUUGAAGGCUUUAAUUCUAUAUCAUCUUUAGAAAGGAGAGCAGCAACUAGAUACUAUCUUUUCAAUCUUGUGAAUGUAUUCCUUGGAAGCGUUAUUGUUGGCAGUGCUCUUGAUCAACUGAAGACAUUUAUCAAGCAGUCACCAACUGAUUAUCCUAAGACAAUUGGUGUAGCCAUACCAAUGAGAGCAACUUUCUUCAUUACUUACAUAAUGGUUGAUGGAUGGGCGGGAAUUGCUGGAGAGAUUUUAAGGUUGAAACCGCUGAUAAUUUACCAUUUGAAGAAUUUUUUCUUGGUGAAAACUGACAAGGAUAGGGAGGAGGCAAUGGAUCCAGGGAGCAUUGGUUUCAAUUCUGGAGAGCCACGUAUACAGCUCUAUUUUCUACUUGGCCUUGUCUAUGCUGCUGUGACUCCUCUUCUGCUUCCUUUCAUAAUAGUUUUCUUCGGGUUUGCUUAUAUUGUCUUCCGUCAUCAGAUCAUAAAUGUGUACAAUCAAGAGUAUGAGAGUGCAGCGGCAUUUUGGCCUGAUGUCCAUGGCCGUGUCAUCACAGGAUUGGUCAUCUCACAAAUUUGUCUCAUGGGAUUGCUGGCUACAAAGGAAGCUGCUCAGUCAACACCAUUUCUCAUAGCCCUUCCUUUACUCACUAUAUGUUUCCACAGAUUCUGCAAAGGGCGCUACGAACCUGCUUUCGUUAAAUAUCCAUUACAAGAAGCAAUGAUGAAGGAUACCCUGGAACGUGCAAGGGAACCAAACCUUAACUUGAAAGGCUAUCUUCAGAAUGCAUACAUUCACCCAGUCUUUAAAGCUGCUGAAGACACUGAAGAUGAGGAAUUCAUUAACAGGCUAGAGAAUGAGACCGAGUUAGUCCCCACAAAACGUCAAUCUCGAAGAAACACACCAGCGGCGAGCAAAAUCAGCACUGGAUCUUCACCAUCUUUGCCUGAGGCUGUUCAGGAACAUCUUGAGCCCUAAAUCAGGUAUAUGAACAUGGGUUGGAGUCAUCACUGCUAUAUCCGUUCGACUCUACACAACAUUAUACUGAACAAUGGAGGCAGAAGGUAAGGCAAGUACAGUUGAGUCGACGUAGAUCUUUUUAAAACGCCAGAAAAAGAGGAGUUCUGGAUUUUGCAGUAAUCAGUUUCAUUGUACUUAAUUAUUGUAUCGGGGAGGAUGAUGAAAGGGUAGAAAUUGUGCAGAUUAGAAGGAUGUUUGUUACUUCGUCUGGUUUGUUUGUAUAUUGACAAGUUUGCUUCCCAUUGGCAAUCAAUAGAAGUUUUGCCUGUGCAUGCAAAUGGUUGAACAUUUUAUUUUCUUUCCAUCAUCCUGUUUGUCAACCCAAGGUGUUGUAGUUUGAUUGAAGGAUUGUUUGUGAAGGGUUUAGGGAGUAAAUUCUCAUGAUCCUUUAAUCUGUAGCGAAUGGUCUAUCUGUAACUAGAUGAAUGUUAUAUUACGAAAAUAAAUUCUUUAAAAAUUU